AUAAAUAUGGAUAAUUUGAAAGAGCAGGUGAUGAUAAACCAGUUUAUGUUAGCAACUGGUUGUGUAGCUGAACAAGCAAAACAAUUAUUACAGGCCACAAAGUGGCAAUUUGAGGCUGCCUUAAGUAUGUUCUUCCAGGAAGCAGUAGUGCCAAUUUCACAUCAUCAUUUCUUUCAGUUGUGUACACCAGCUAAUACCCCAGCCACUCCACCAAAUUUUCCAGAUGCUUUAAAUGCUCUCUCUAGGCUAUCAACAGCAGAAAAAUUC